AUGGUCGAGUUAAUGUGCAAAUGUAAUUAUUCAUUUCUGGGUACAGUGAUAGUAAUCGAGGAACCAGACAUGUCGAUUCUGAGCGUUCUGAACGAAGCUGUGCCCGAGGCAGAGAAGAAUUUCGGCGACGACGUGAUCACGGUGCACAUAUCAACAGUCACCGUCGAUCGUGGAAACAUUUUCGCCAGUUAUGAGAAAGUAUGUGCUGCCUUAUUUAAGGGAAUCAGUAUAAUCCUUGACAUGACAUGGACCGGCUGGGACAAGCUUCGAACCGUGGCCGACGAGAACGGAAUCAUCUACAAACGUGGUGACAGCAAGGUGAACUCGUACGUGCAGGCGAUCGAUGAUCUUCUGAUGAUGAAGAACGCAACAGACGUGGGUCUGAUCUUCGAGGACGAAAGGGAAUUGAAUCAGAGUCUUUACUAUUUGAUCGGUAAUUCGAUCAUCAGACUGGUCGUGAUCGAUGAAUUCACGGAGAAAACCGUGUCGAAGAUACGGAGCAUGAGGCCGUCGCCAUCCUAUUACGCAAUUUACGCCAGCACAUCAAAAAUGGAGGAACUUUUCAGAACGGCUGUGCAGGGAGGAUUGGUCAAGAGGGAUGGAAUCUGGAAGUUGGUGUUCACAGAUAACAAUUACAAGGAGUCGAAAUACAUCAACGGCGACAUCAAGCUGAACGUUUCCAUCACUGUUCUGUCAAUGCGGACAGAAGUUUGUUGCCGACUGAUUGGAGAACCGUCCUGCACCUGCCCACCUGAAGUUCAAGUAUUUAACCCUUAUUUGUUACGUUUUAUAUUCAUUUCUCUUAGUAUAAUUAGUUCAUUGAAAUAUUUUACUUUUGUGUUUGCGCAGAUAUUCUCCUACUACUUCAAUCCGACAAACGCCUCUGAAACCGCUUCAAACAUUACUUCCGAGGCGUUCAAUAAAAAUCUGAUAGCGAGGCUGGGAGGCAACGACACCUUCGAGUACUGGUCGGAUAAAGGAGUGAUCACCUACAAAGCGGAAAUCGAGCUGGAGACCCUGAAAAAUGGGUUCUUGGAACCACUCGCUACCUGGACCAAGCGUGCUAAGAUUAAAGAAGCAGAGGGCAGGAAGAUAGAGCCUGCAAGAAGAUACUUUCGAAUCGGAACCGCUCCUUCAGUCCCGUGGACCAUUCCCAAAAUAGACCCAGCAACCGAGCAAAUCAUGAAGGAUGAAAAUGGAAAGGAGAUGUGGGAAGGCUAUUGCAUAGACUUCAUAGAAAAGCUGUCCAAAGAAAUGCAAUUCGAUUACGACCUCAUUAUACCGGAAGACCGACAGUUUGGGAAGAAAUUGCCUAAUGGACAGUGGGACGGCCUGAUCGGGGAUCUUGCAAAGGGGGAAACUGACAUCGUGGUCGCUGCAUUGACAAUGACUUCAGAACGCGAGGAAAUCAUCGAUUUCGUCGCUCCUUAUUUCGAGCAGUCUGGUAUAUUGAUCGUGAUAAGAAAACCCGUCCGUAAGCCGUCCCUCUUCAAAUUCAUGACUGUUCUCAAAGUCGAAGUCUGGCUGAGCAUAGUAGGAGCGUUGACCUUGACAGGGGUCAUGAUUUGGGUACUCGACAAGUACUCUCCGUACAGCGCCAGGAACAACAAACGCCUUUAUCCAUAUCCUUGUCGGGACUUCACGUUGAAGGAGAGCUUCUGGUUCGCCCUGACCUCUUUCACGCCCCAAGGCGGAGGCGAAGCUCCCAAAGCUCUGUCCAGCAGGACCCUCGUCGCUGCUUAUUGGCUGUUCGUCGUCCUGAUGCUGGCCACAUUCACGGCGAACUUGGCUGCCUUUCUCACCGUCGAACGAAUGCAGGUUCGUUCCCAUUUCUCCUCCAAAGAAAAUCUACUUUCCCCAAAAAUUACUUCUUCGAUCAAUCAAAGACACACACCCGUGCAAUCGCUGGUGGACAAGCUGUACACCGUAUGGAAAGAGAUCACGUUGAACAGCACCAGCGACCAGGUCGAGUAUCGUGUGUGGGAUUACCCUAUAAAGGAGCAAUACGGUCAUAUUCUCCAAGCGAUCACGCAGGUCGGCCCGGUGAAGAGUUCCGAGGAAGGUUUUCGAAAGGUGAUAGAAAGCGAGAUGUCCGAGUUCGCUUUCAUCCACGACUCGUCGGAGAUCAAGUAUGAGGUAACUAGGAACUGCAAUCUGACGGAAGUUGGCGAUGUGUUCGCCGAACAGCCUUAUGCAAUCGCCGUGCAACAGGGAAGCCAUCUGCAGGAGGAAAUAAGCAGGAGAAUCCUCGAUCUGCAGAAGGAUAGGUACUUCGAGUCACUAACCUCCAAAUACUGGAACCAGUCGCUGAAAGCACAGUGUCUGGAUUCCGAUGACAACGAGGGAAUAACCCUAGAAAGUUUGGGUGGAGUUUUCAUCGCGACGCUUUUUGGACUCGCCUUGGCAAUGAUCACAUUGGCCGGAGAAGUUCUCUACUAUCGAAAGAAAUCUGAGUCCCCGAAAAAGAAAGGAACCGACAAGAAGAAAGCGAAAAACACUGACCACGAGAAAGCAAUACUACAGAAGAUGUCGUCCAAAUUGCAGCUGAAACCGGCGCCAACCAACGCGUUCUUCGAAAAAACAACGAAUCCUCCUCGAGUGUCUCACAUCUCCGUUUACCCGCGUAAUUUUCCGUUCAAGGAAUAACAAUUUACAA